CAAAACCAUAAAAUUGAAUUGAAAAAAUUGUCCCACCAAAGCAUAAUAGGUAUCGUCAAUCGCGUGGAUGCCGUCACAGCUGCGUGUCGUGUCCGGUGGCUCAGGCCAGUGAAUUCGAUUGCCCAUCGGCCAAGGUCAUGGGGGGACGGAGGGCGGCCUCCGUGCUGCCCGGUCCACUCGCGCCCAUCAGCGCCAGCAAGACGCGCGCCCUCACUACCAUAUACGCGCCGCGGAAACUCAAAACUCGUAAACACAAAACCGCGCAGUCCAGAAUGCUAGAAAACGAUAUCACCAUCAAACCCGGUCUAUCCCCCUUCCAUCCCUUACCGGCUAUCGGUCAGAAACCAGAUAAAACGAAAGUUAUCGUUUUGGACAUACAAAACGACAAACCGUUGAAAUUCCACGAAGUUCUCCAACCUUUAACUCCACUCAGGAUACAUGGAUUUCGGAAGACUUCGAUGGAAAACGUCACUAAUAAGCCUCAACAAUUGCUUCGUGAAAAUACUUACGAUGUUAUCAAACCAAUAUAUGUUAAUACGAAUGUAAAGAAAAAGGACUGCCUUAAAAAGACUAACUCUGAAACUUCUAAAGAAGCAGUAAAAAUGUCGCCCAAAACUCGAUUUAAAAAUGCAGCACUUCAAGUCGCAAAACUAACGGCUAUGUCAGAAAAAGGGAAGCUGUUGUGUCUUCGAGAGAGGGAGACCUAUACGUUUUGCAGGAGUGAAAAUGACUCUUGUAAACUGCAGCGAUUGCCAAAAAGCCCAGAGCAAAAAUUAAACGAGUUAUCUGAAAUUUUCCAAAAUCUCGAAUUGAAGGGACGCCAAAGAGACAGAAUGAAAAAGGAAAAUAGCUGGUUUUGAACAUUGAAUAGAUUAAGUUUAGUGUUAUUUUCAAAAAGUGUUGUGAAACCUAGUAAGUGAUACCUAAUGUCUAUUAAAUUUCUAUUUUCUGUUAAAUAUAAUGCUAGAGCGCAUAUAUACUUAUGUUUGCUCAAAGUUUUCACUUUUCUCGUAUCGUAUAAGUAUUGUCUACGAUAUUUUAUUAAAGUGUGUUUUUCAAUACGGGGA